CAGCAGCAGCAUCGAAGAGAUCAGAAAAUGGCACGCGGCUUUGAUCAUCUGUUCAAGCUGCUUAUAAUCGGCGACAGCGGAGUUGGGAAAUCCUCGCUGCUGAUUCGAUUCUCAGACGACACAUUCUCGGGUAGCUAUAUAACUACCAUUGGUGUGGACUUCAAGAUCCGAACGGUGGACAUCGAUGGACUGCGCGUGAAGCUGCAGAUAUGGGACACGGCUGGACAGGAGCGAUUCCGCACCAUAACCAGCACCUAUUACCGGGGCACCCACGGCGUCAUCAUCGUCUACGAUGUAACGAACGGAGACUCCUUUGCGAAUGUGCGCCGGUGGCUGGAAGAGAUCCAGAACAACUGCGAUGUGGUCAACAAAGUAUUAGUGGGUAACAAGAACGAUGAUCCCGAUUGUAAGGUGGUCAUAACCGAAGAUGCGCAAAGGUUUGCGAAACAAAUGGACAUCGAGCUGUACGAGACAUCCGCCAAAGACAACAUCAAUGUGGACAAUAUGUUUCUGUCAAUAACGCGGCAGGUGCUCAACCACAAGCUGCGCACCACCUCCAACGAGCAGCAGAAGGACACCAUUCAUUUGAAGAACAAUCCCGGCACUAAGCGUAGAAAAUGUUGCAGUUGAAAGCGUCGUGGGCACAGGAACUGGAACAACCAAAAGCUGGAACAGGACCAGGAUUGGUGGCAAGAGAGCGCGCGAGCGCCCGCUUGCUGAAGCAGUUAAAAUAGUUGAGGGGAGGCGCAUAGUAUAUAGAUAAUAAUGUGGGUUAUUGGCGUACAUUAUGGUACACACAGUUGAACACACACACACACACACACAUAGACAUAGCUAACACCAAUGCACCAACACCAACAACAACACCAAUCCAAACACCAACACCUCCAGAAACACCAACAAAACAACCCACAUAGAGACAAAGUUUUUUUUUUUUGGUCUGUUUUUUUUUUAAAUCCUAUUUUAUUCGGAAUAAAAUGCCAGCUAGCCGUUAAACUAAAAUUUAUAUGUGAAAAGCGC